AUGGCGCCUACACACAAGACACCAUUCGCACUGAUCCUCACAGAGUUGGCCAUUUCGACCACGGCAGUGACUCUAUUUGGUCUCAUGUAUCCAGUAGAAUUCAGAUCACGACUAUGGGAGAACGGUGGCGAACAAGGAUGGAACUCCAACCCUAACAAGCGGAUCUACUAUUACGCCAACCAUCAGGAGCCACCUGAAGUGCCUCUGAUUUGGAGCCAAAGACUCUACAUCUCGAACCUCGCGAUCGCCAUCCUUGGGUUGGUCGUCUUCUUCGCCCGCACCGCCAUGUCACAUCUUCGAUACCUUCCCCGCUACGUAAAUAACAUCUACGACGCGAUCCUUCUCGGGCUCUGGGCAGUGAGCAUUGCAGGUCAAACGUCGAGCGACUUUACCGAUCCUGAACACCCGAGUCCACAUCCUUGGUACCUAACCAGAGGGUGUUCUGCGGCUUGGGACAAAACCCAAGGCUAUUGCCGAAUUGCACAGGCGAGCUUUGCCAUGUCAGUCAUAGCUGCGAUACUAUAUGGUGCGAGGUUGAUACGAGAGGCUAUGUUGAUAGCAUACGAGAGAGGGCAGCGUCACCAGUCCAAGUGGUCUGUCCGGGAUGUUCAAGAGGUGGAAUCAAUAGCGGGUGUAUAUUUGGAUGAAGGAGGGGAAUCCGAGGCCGAGUCAACAACAAAGGAGGAUUGGCAGAGUAUGGCUUUGAGCCCAGUUCUAGCAUUCUUCCCGUCUUCGGACAACCGUUGGUAG